CCACCACCCACCGUCGGCCAUCAUUAAAAAGAAUAAAAUAAUUACUAAACAAAAAUCCCCUGCUUUUCACGCCGAAACCCCAUGUCACCACCGGAAUCAACCACCGCCGCCGUAGAGAAAACAAUCCGUCAGCGGAAAUCCACGGACCUCACCGGACACCAUCACGUGAUGGACCGUUAUCUUGUCUCCGGCGAUGAGGUUCAGAAAUCCACGUCCGACUCCUCCUCCGCGCUCCUCGAGUUCCGCAACAUCCUCCUCUCCCACGCUUCUCCCCCACUCGACUCGGAGUGGCUCACUGAGUCAACUCACUCCGAGUUCGAAUCGCCGGGAUUCGAUUCCCAGGAAGAGGUGGCCGACGGCAGCUCCGACAAACAGUUGGAGCAUCGGGAGAGCAACGCGGGUACACGAGAAGAAGUGGAUCUCAUCCCAGCCGACGCCGUCCGCGAUCUCCGCCGCAUCGCGGAGCGUAUGGCCGCCGCCGGCCACCUGCGCGAGUGCAUUUACGUGUACGCGUCCGCACGCAGCUCCGCCGUGGACGCGUCCCUGAAGGAGCUCGGCGUGGAGAAAUCCGACACCGGCGACGUGCACCGCCUCGAGUGGGAGACGCUGGAGAAGCAGAUCCGCCGCUGGACACGCGCCGCCAGGAUAUGCGUCCGCGUUCUCUUCGCCGGCGAAAGGAGGCUGUGCGAGCACAUAUUCCAGGGUUUGGGAGAUUCGGCCGAAAUCACUUGUUUCGUGGAAACCAUUAAAUCCCCCGCUAUUCAUCUCUUCAGCUUCGCCGACGCCAUUAGCACCAGCAACCAAUCUCCCGAAAAACUGUUCAAAAUAUUGGAUUUACACGACGCUCUAUCCAAUUUAACCCCCGACAUCGAAUCAAUUUUCGAUUCGGAAUCGAGCGAAUCGAUCAGAUUAAAAUCCGCCGAGAUAGUCUCAAACCUAGCCGAUGCCGCAAGAGGGGUAUUAUCGGAAUUCGAGAACGCAAUUCUUCUCGAGCCCUCGAAAACCCCAGUCCCCGGAGGAACAAUCCACCCCUUAACAAGAUACGUAAUGAACUACAUCAGCUUGAUUUCCGAUUACAAAAAGACACUGAUCGAGCUAAUCGUCUCGAAACCCUCAGCCGGAUCGGGCGACCCAUCCGUACCGGAUAUGGAUCUAUCCGAAUACGAGAAUCAAUCCUCGUGUUUAGCCCUCCAUUUAAUUUGGAUAAUUGCAAUUCUACAAUUCAAUUUGGAAAACAAGUCCAAGCACUACAAGGACGCUUCAUUAUCGCACUUGUUCAUGAUGAACAACGUCCACUACAUUGUACAAAAGAUCAAAGGGUCGCCGGAGCUAAGGGAAAUGAUCGGAGACGGCUAUUUAAGAAAACUGAACGGAAUAUUCCGAUCGGCCGCCACCAAUUACCAGCGGGGCACGUUGGUGAGGGUGCUGUACUGCUUGAGAGACGAGGGUUUGCAUAUGAGCGGAAGCUUCUCUUCGGGUGCAUCGAGGAGUGCUUUGAGGGAGAGGUUCAAAGCAUUCAACGCCAUGUUCGAGGAGGUGCAUAGAACUCAGGCAAUGUGGCUGGUGCCGGAUAAUCAGCUCAGGGAGGAACUUAGGAUAUCUAUAUCGGAGAGGAUUAUUCCGGCGUAUAGAUCGUUUCUUGGGAGGUUCCGGAUUCCGAUAGAGAGGGGGAAGCACCCGGAGAAUUAUAUUAAGUACUCGGUGGAGGAUCUCGAGAACGCGGUGUUGGAUUUCUUCGAGGGGUAUUCGGUGUCGCAACAUCUUCAGCGGAGGAGAUCCGAGUAAGAAAGAGGAGUGGAGUUUGAGUUUUGUCACUUAGAAAAUUUAGCAUUUGUUGUUUGUUUGUUUGUUUUGUACUUCCUCAGCUUUUUAGAUUUAUUUUAUUUUAUUUAUUUUUCAUUCGAUUGUGUAUAUAUAUGGGAAUUAAUAUGUUGUAUUUGUGUGUUUGUGAAAUACUCACACAAUUAUUUAUGUAUGAUCUUGAACUAGUUAA